AAUCCUUCAGCCCACGUACUUAAGGCCGCGGCGGCGGGGCCGGGGCAGAGCCGCGCUCGCCGCAGACACCGAGCAGAGCCACCGAGCACAGCCACCAAGCACAGCCACCACCACAGCCCAGGAGAUGCUCCCAGCCACGUCCAAGCUCUGCGCCGCCAUCUCCUACCGGCACCUGCGCAACAUGACCGGUCUGAGGAGACAAGCCGCCGUGGCCAUCAGCCAGGAGCUGAGCAGACUCGCCUGCCGCAGCCCAGGACCCAGCUCCUGGAUCCACCAGGUGCGCAGGAGGAGCUCCUUGCUCAGCUCGAGGUUGGAGGAGAAGCCCUUCAGUGACAUGGAAAUGUCUUACAUCAAACAAGGAGAGGAAGCCCUGCAGAAAUCCCUCAGAAUCCUGGAGGACCAGGACGGCUGGAAGACGGAGACGGUGGUGGGAAACGGAGACAAAGUGCUGAGCAAGGUGCUGCCGGACGUGGGGAAGGUGUUCCGGCUGGAGGUGGUGGUGGACCAGCCCCUGGACUCAGUGUACGGAGAGCUGGUGGACAACAUGGAGCAGAUGGGAGACUGGAACCCCAACGUCAAAGAAGUCAAGAUUCUGGAGAAGAUUGGGAAGGACACGGUGAUCACCCACGAGAAGGCAGCCCCGACCCCUGGGAACAUUAUUGGGCCCCGGGACUUCGUGAGCGUCCGGUGCUCCAAGAGACGCGGCUCCACCUGUGUCCUGGCCGGCAUGUCCACGACGUACGGAGCGAUGCCGGAGCAGGAGGGGUUCGUCAGGGCUGAGAACGGUCCCACCUGCAUGGUCCUGCGCCCGCUGCCCGGCAGCCCCUCCCGGACCAGGCUGACCUGGCUGCUCAGUAUCGACCUCAAGGGCUGGCUGCCCAAGACCAUCAUCAACCAGGUCCUGUCCCAGACACAGGUGGACUUUGCCAAACACCUCCGGCAGCGCCUGGCCCGGCCCGAGCCCGUGUCCUGCUGACCAUGACCCGCCCACCACCCGGGGCAGGGCUUUGUUCAGGGGCAAAUGGGAGUCACUUCGAUCAGCCAAGGCCUUUAGCAGCAGACACCGCUAAUUAAUACAGGGUUUCAAUCAAUAAAUACGAAGGUUUAUUUAUUGGAACUCAUUGUGGAAGUGCAGGACCAAAAAUUUUUAAGUCCUACGUUUGCUUCACUGAGCACGUGCUGGCCCAGCCAGGCACCUCUACCCUCCCUAAUUACUGUCACUAAAUAAAUAAAGCUUUAAUUAGUGGUGUCCCAGGCCUGGGACACCACUAAUUAUUGGGACACCACUAUUAUUAGGGAGGCCCCAGACAUCUGACUGGGAAGAUACAUCCUCAGUGAGGCAAAACAUGGGCCUGACUGAACCUCACCUUUUACUCCCCCAAAACUCAAACACAGCACUUAAGUAACAAUUUUAUUCCCUCUCCCCACCCAAAGCAGCUCUAAUUUAUUUUUCCUGUACAGACACAGACACAGUGUCAAAUUAUUUAUUCAUCCAAAAGCUCUGCAAUGAUGAUCAUUGGCAGCAGGCCCAGUGUAGCUCCUGUGAGCAGAUCUUCAGCUUGAGAGAUCUCCAACUGUAGCUACUUUGAGUUUAAAUCUCGCUUGUAACAAUUUACAAGACAAAAACAGAAUAAAAAGAGAGUUAAAACCUUUA